UGCCCCUAAUCCUUUUCCAUAGGUUAUAUUUACAGAUAAUAGACACUUUAUUAUCAUUGUCUCCGAAAGUGGGAAUAUUAGAGUGAAACCACAAUAAAUUCUGAUUUGUGCAACGAUUUCUUGUUUUUAUUCCGUUAAAGUAAAGCUUUAAAAGUCCCAGCCAAUAUUUAUGCUGCGUUAACGUAAAGGUCGGAGCUGCAGGAUUCCSAUGUUUUUAGGGGGCGUGAACGCACCGCUUCCCAUUGACCGGGCAUCCCUUUCCGGUAUAUGAGGUCAACUUUUCCCUCGAUCCGCCAUUUCAGUCCCGGAGACUGCAGUCGCUCGGURGGUUCUGUGUUUUGAUAAGCAGAAACCGGCGGUUCUGUUUGGUUCCGAAGAACUUUAACCGCAGGAAGUCGAGGCUUUGCUGCGUUUGUUUGCCAGCGCCAGCGUCGGGAAACAGAAGUUGUAUGAGUUACGGGGAAAACGGGGUUCUGUCCUGAAAGCUCGGACCGGACUCCGCUGCCAUGGCCGGUCAUUUUGACGCCGAGGACCGGGAUAGCUGGUACUGGGGCCGCCUGAGCCGCCAGGAAGCGGUGUCCCUGCUGCAGGGACAGAAGCACGGAGUCUUCCUGGUCCGGGACUCGUCCUCCAUCCCCGGAGACUACGUCCUCUCCGUGUCCGAGAACUCCAAAGUUUCCCACUACAUUAUCAACGACAUAAGCAACAGGAUGAGACCUGGAUCCGGUAAGGCUCGGUUCUUACUCAUCCAGGUGUUCAUUUACGGCACAAAUUUAGUUUUAAGAGUUGCUAAUAAAUYGUUUGUCUUGCAUCAAAUGCAGUUGAAACUUGACYGAAUUAUGCGCUGUGUGAACCUGUCGGGUCGGUUUGGUAGAGUCGUACCCGGAAGCUGUUUGUGGUUCCGGUCCGACAGGCUGGUCUGGUUCUGUCUCCUCCAGGUGGGGGACACGGUGAAGGUGACGAAGAUCAACGUGAACGGCCAGUGGGAGGGCGAGUGCAACGGGAAGCACGGCCACUUCCCCUUCACCCAUGUCCGGCUGCUGGACGACAGCGAGAGCUGAGCAGAACCGGGCUGACCGGGCCGGGAGGAAGCUCGCCCACCGUCCGAUCUGGAUCGGGACCGGCCGGCGGGAGGCAAGUGGGCCGGCCUUCCUGUUGUCUUUGUGAUGGACAGGUUUGAGCCUGGGGUCGGACCGGGGUCGCCUGUUUUCCCCCUUCAUCUCAGUUUCAGCUGCUGAGUGGAAAACCAGCCACAGGAUGAAUCGCGUCUUGUUUUAUUUGAAUUAAUGGUGGGUUGUUUACGACUUUAAUAUUUAUUACCAUGGUGCAGAUAAUUCUGGAGCGUCGGAUCAGUAAAGGCGAUGUUUGUAAUUAUUAA